GUUGAUAUCGUACAAGUGGCAUCGGAUUUUGUAAAAUGAGCCCGGCCUCCCAGGGCGGCGUGGAGGUGGAGCGUUACAUCGGUAGUUGUUUGAUAUCGUCGACCGUUAGACCGGGAUCGCAUAAGCCGAUCGUCGCUAAGAAGCAAGAAAGUGUAAUUCGCGGGAAAACACGAGGGUGUUACGGGGGUCAGAAUUUUCCUAACAACACCGAGCAAUGUCAGGUGCAAUAUGGUCCCGGCGGUUGGACGGGCGCUCCCUUAAUAUCCAUGAUAUCGAGUCCGCGUAGAUGUAAUCAAAGAUCGUCGCCGCCGCCGCUCGGUCAACAACAACAGCAGCAGCAACCACAGUCACAGCUGCCACCACCGCAACCAACACAGCAACAGCAGGGUUGCGAACAGCAAGUAUCGGCUCACCUGCACAAGAAUCCACUUUCUAGAUUAGCCAUUCACACGCAGGGAGCGCCGCUGAUCCUAUCCAGUCGGUUCCACAAUCGAGGCAAGAUACAUAACAGCGGGAACGCUAAUGGCAUUACAAAUACGGUCUGUAGCAACAAUGGCACGGUUAAUAGUUACGUUCAUAACAAUGGUAAUACCGUGACAUCGAAUUGUACGAUGAACAGUUGUACGGUAAGGUGUCCACCGUCGAGGCCUCAGAGGUCCAUGGAGCUCGCGAAGAAGCAGCAAACAAACCCAAAGUCGCCGGACUGCUCGACGAGCAAGGAAGUCACGGGAACCGGAAGUAACAUCGCGAACAUCGACUCGCUGAGUAUCGCGAGCGACGAAAGUUCCGGAUCGAACAACUCUGAAAACAGUUUACCGCGCAUCAUCAAGCCUCGAAAACGUAGAAAGAAGGAUAGGAAACCGGCGAAUAACGCGAUGACGGCUGUAGAAGUAACAAAACACGAGGAGCAGCAACAACAGUCCAGUCCGAGUCUAACUACCGAACAAUCGAACGUAGUUUCUUUAAAACCGUACGUGCCGGCUUGUUACGAGCAACAUUACGAAGCCGCGGUGCCGCUUCACCUUAGAAACCAUAGACGGCCGCCCAUAGCGAGGGAAAGCAUGUACGGUUGUAGUGUGCAGACAACGGGCAUGUCGGUGCAAGAGAUCGCCGACGCGAGGCAAAGGUAUCCGCAUCGGCACGUGGAAGUGAAAGUGUUGGACGACAAUAGAAACGUCGUAGUGCCGGCGCAAUUGCGCACCAUUCUACCAAAGGGUUAUAGACAUAGCAGCCAGCACCGCCACACUUCUAGCAACAACGUUCCGCGUUACAUGCACGAAUAUAACGAUUCAACGACGACUACGACAACGACGACGACCGCGUCGUCGACAACGACAAGUUGCGAAGAUGGUAUCAAAGAUGGAUUAGGAUCGUGCCAGUGUCAGUAUUGCGAUCCCUCGGCUCUCAUAUGGGACGUGGAUCAGAACUGUUACUCGCCUUUUCUGACCCCGUCACCGUCCACCGAGUUCUGUUCCGGCCAUCACUUCUCCAAGAUGCCGCUGUUCUUGCCGCGGCCGGGUCUCAAUUGUCAGGAGCAAAGGAUCGAGAGGCUUUUCAACACUGAUAAUCCUCCACUCCAUCAGGAGAGGGACACGUGCAGUAGUACCGGUGUCGUACUCAGGCGCAGCUGGAGCGAUCCGACCAGUUACUUCAGCGAGGAAAUCAGUACGCCCAGCAAAGACGUUGGCGUGAUCGGCGAUAGGGGACAGGCUGAAAGUGGAAAACGUCGAACGCUCUGGCGCGGAGACUCGAUCGGUAUUCCCACGAAUAACGUUGGAUCAUCCGGUACGGACGUAAACAGUACCGUACAGUCGCCGAAAGGGCUCGAGGUCUCCACGGAGAUCAUAACGUCGCCGAACGGCCACAGAGAUUUGGAAAUAAAGUUCUACUCGCCCUCGCCGAACGCACCGGCGCCCGAGGAAGACAAACGCAUCUUGGCGGAGGACAUCGACGAGGACGAAGAUUUCAGCGAUAUUUGGAGCUACCACGAGUCCAAGUUGCAACAGGAUUUCCGCACGUUGCUGCAAGCGGAGGAAUGA